CAGAGAGAGGAGGAGGAGGAGAGAGCCACGGUGAAUGCGUACAGUGAGCUCUUCAGCUCCGCUCAUCAGUAAAGACAAAACAAGUGUUAAAACCUCAAAUCGUGAAUUGACUGCAGCGAAAGAAAACGUUUUAGUAUCCGGAGCUGACCGUGAUUUCCUGCGGGAGAAGUGGAUCUCUACACAGCACCAUCUGAAUACAGGUCGGCGGAGGAUCGGCGUGUCGGCGGCGGGGAAGGACCGUACACAGAAACGUAGUAGUAGAGUAGCCGGUCGAAACUGUGUUUUUGCAACAGAAAAGGAGCAGAAAUGAUCUCCCCGGAUGUAUGAGAACUUGUUCCUGACACCACGGAGUGCGGCUGGACUGUGAACUAAAGAAGAGGGGUUUUAAAGUUGUCACAGGAGGCAUGAUAGACGCACCCUGCAGACAAGAGGGUCCGCAUCUUUCUAAUCUGAGUUUUCACAUGGAAGACUUUAGGAUUUAUGGACAAAGUAGCGACCGGUUAACAGUUGUGUCUGCCUAAAAACGAUCAGAUUUUUUUUUUUUUUUGCAUUUCAAGCUGUAUUUGAUAUUGUAUUUCUUUUAUCUGGGAUGGUUAAAAUGAGCAAAAGAGCGGAUUAACAUGACUUGCACAAGUUGUGAUUUUCUUCUCAUCACAGUCAACACCGUCUUGCUUUAAAAAAACAAAAUCAAAAAACAAACUGCAAAACCAAAGACAUCAUCGAGGAUCCAAGAGCCCUUGCUUUGAUUUUUAUUUCUUCCUUGUUCGAUAUCUGCAAAGAGAAUACCUCAUAAUUUAUUAUAUCUGGAAAGUCAAAGCCUCUUUUGAACCCCCAAAGGAAAGUCAAACAUUACAUUUUUAGUUUGACUGGCUUCUGCUUCUGCUUCUCUUUCCUCUGACUCUUUAAGAAACAAAGCAACAAAACAAGGAAUUAAAACCUGAAUGGUUUCCCGCACUAUCUAGUAAAUGCUUUAUCUUUUUCCCAAAUAAUGAGGAGUGAGACGAUAAAGAAACUGUUUUAGAAACGUCUUGGUGUGGAUUAUCACCACUACAGUUACCUCAGCUUGACCCCGACCUUCACAAAGUAGCAGAGUGCAGAAGGUUGGAACAAUGCCAGAUUCACCUGCGGAUGUGAAAACCCAGCCCAGAUCCACCCCACCCACCAUGCCUCCUCCACCCCCGGCUGUUAGCCAGGCAUCCAAUCGUAAUGCUUCAUACACCCCUGCUACCAGUAAAUCAAUGCUGAAUGGAAGCAGCCACUCUCCUACGUCGCUGAACGGUGCUCCGUCCACUCCUAACGGCUUCAGUAAUGGACCGGCCAUGUCUUCGACGGCUUCGCUUUCCAACCAACAGCUCCCGCCAGCUUGUGGUGCCCGGCAGCUCUGCAAACUGAAGCGCUUCCUGACCACACUGCAGCAGUUUGGCAACGACAUAUCGCCUGAGAUCGGAGAGAGAGUGCGCAGCCUUGUGCUGGGGCUGGUGAACUCCACUCUCACCAUCGAAGAGUUUCACUCCAAACUUCAUGAGGCCACCAACUUCCCUCUGAGGCCGUUCGUCAUUCCCUUCCUAAAGGCAAACCUGCCCCUGCUCCAGAGAGAGUUGCUGCACUGUGCCAGGUUGGCUAAGCAGACUCCAGCUCAGUACCUGGCCCAACACGAGCAGCUUCUACUGGACGCCAAUGCAAGCUCGCCACUCGACUCCUCCGAGAUCAUGUUGGAGUUGAAUGAGCAUGGCAAGAGAAGGACCCCUGACAGGACAAAAGAGGGCUCAGAGAGAGACGGCUUGCACCUGGAGCACCAUGCUAAGAGGCCCUGCACCAUCAGCCCCAGUCAACGAUUCAGCCCCAGCACAGGUCUUCCUGCUCACCCGCCUCCCAACGGCCUCCCAAAUCACCCUCCCAACGGCCUGCCACAUCCACCCAACCCCCAAAUGGGACCCCAACACUAUCGCUUAGAAGACAUGGCCCUGGCGCACCAAUACAGAGACCCCUACAGACAUAACGAACACCGAGACACCCGAGACACCCGAGACACCCGAGACAGGCACCGGCCGACAGCAGUGCAUGGGGCCUGCCAAGAGGAGGUGAUUGACCACCGUCUUACUGAUCGAGAGUGGGCAGAGGAAUGGAAGCACCUAGAUAAUCUCCUGAACUGCAUCAUGGACAUGGUGGAGAAGACGCGGCGCUCUCUGACGGUUCUGCGCCGCUGCCAGGAGGCUGACCGGGAGGAGAUGAAUCACUGGAUCCGGCGUUACAGCGACGUGGAGGAAAUGAAAAAAGGUGGGAGCAACGGACAGCACUGCCUUCCUCCUCCUCCUCUUCCUCCUCCUCCUCCUCACCACAACUCCUCCUCCAACACAGCUAGCAGCAGCGAGUCACUGCCCAUAGGAACUUCCUCGGCUGCUGAAAGGCAGACAGGCAGACAGACAGAGAUCCACAGAGACUUCUUACACAGGCCUCCCUCAGGAUACCUGCCAGAAGAAAUCUGGAGGAAAGCCGGUACUACAAGCAUCCCGCUAUCCCCAGCACUCAAACACCUUCAAAGCAGACAGGAGGAGGCAGUGAACGAAGUGAAGCGACAGGCGAUGUCAGAGCUGCAGAAGGCGGUGUCAGACGCCGAGAGGAAAGCUCAUGAGAUGAUUUCAGCAGAACGAUCUAAAAUGGAGAGGGCGCUGGCCGAGGCCAAGAGGCAAGCCUCUGAGGAUGCACUCACAGUCAUCAAUCAGCAGGAGGACUCCAGUGAAAGCUGCUGGAACUGCGGGAGGAAAGCCAGUGAGACGUGCAGCGGCUGCAACACGGCUCGCUACUGCGGUUCCUUCUGCCAACACAAAGACUGGGAGAAGCACCACCAUGUCUGUGGUCAAGGCCUGCAGGGGAUGCCAGGGAGCAGCAGUGUCCCUCUAGGCACCUCCUCCUCCUCAGUGUCCUCCAGUGCGCCUCCUACCCACUCAGAGAGCACCCCUCCAGGAGCCUUGUCCUUGGCAGCCCAGAGUAGUAUUGUGGGAGGGGCUGGCAGUGGCACUGGAAGUGUGUCUGCGAGCCCCAAGGAGAGCAGUUCCAGCAGUGCCUCUCGCUCCACAACUCCAGCUACCCCCGCCCUGCUGGAUGCCACCUCUCGCUGACGUCUGAUGCUUGUCCCUUCCCUGCAUACUGAUGCGACUGUGCCCAAACUCCACAUAAAACCAAACUGAGGAAUCUUCAUCGCACACUGCUCCCUUUCCUCCUACCGACAACUUAUUUCUCUGUUACUCUAAGCUCUUCUGGAAAUCUUCUCACUACCUGAUCGACUUUUCGGUCACUUUUCCCCAAAAAAUAUUUGUUCUGUCUUUUUUCUCUUUCACAACCACAGCAACGAAUACAAAGAUUACAGCCUGGCGUGGUCAGUGUAGUGGAAAGCAUGACAAGUGUCUCCUCUCUGAAUUCAGUUACAGACACAUAUCAGAUAUGUUUGAUGAAACAUUUGACUUGAAGAUGUGCCCUAAGUUAUUCAAACACGUUGAACCCUGUCUUCACAAGACAAGGGCUUUAGUAAGGCAAUAUUAACCGGGAUAGCUAGGCUGAUUAGCACUUAGAUUGGAUUUCCCUUUAAUUGAGACCAAUGAGAGAACAGUAGUCAGCCCUGACAUGUGUACUACCAGUGUAAAUGGCUCACUGAUGUGGCACUUAUUCUACCGUGAAUAUCUUUUUUAAAAGAGGGAAGAGGGAAGGGAGAAACCGUGAUGCGAUUUAUUCCUCAAAACACAGCUUAGUAUUUAUUAAAAGGUUUUUUUCUGGCUUUAAGGUAAAACAAAGAAAAGUCCAAAUAUUCUAAAUAAAGAAUAGUAGUGAUGAUGAUGCUGAUGAUGAUGACGAUAAUAAUGAUAUGAAAAUAAAUUAAUUUUAAACUGCUAACUACCUUGCUAGCGAGCCAAGAAAAUCUACACCGGACUCACCUCUCUAUACCAUUGUGAACCCAAAUGAAUUCAAAGAUGAAAAAUAACAUGAUCCAAACCUUUGUAUUACACUGCCAAAGUGAGUAAGUAAGCGAUAAGGAGAAGCACUCAUCUUAUAACCAAACGCAAAGCAACAUCACCUCCUCAGCAGAUGUGUCAGCCCUGAGAGGACCAGGCUGCAGAGGAGCUGCAGAAUGGGACCCAGAGACAGUCAGACAUUUAAAAAUACAAACUGUGACCUGUUUGAUCUGCAGCUGCCUCCUGCAGUCUGGACAAAACUACAACAAUCCCUCAGUGACGGCCCAGACUCGUGAAUAUGGGCAAUGCUGUGAACUUGCCUACAAGAAAGACUGAAUUAAAUGGAUGGAAACCCUGCCACAGUGUGAUUUUUUUUGAAUGGUAAUUGAGAGGACAAAGAGAAAAAAAGAGGGAAGUAAAAGCUACACCGCCACAAAGAAGGUGACAAUACAAACACGGUGAAGGAGCUGCAAAAAACCUCAAAAUAAGCUUGAAAACAUUGUCCAAGAAGGCGUUGCAUACUACGGAGACGUAUGAGAACUGUUUUGGAGUCAUUUUUUAAAGCUCCACAAUGAGGAGAUAUUUCAAGGAUUUGCUGUUACCUUUACAUUCACUCCCUCCUUUUCCAAAGCAUGAUAAACUGAUGACAGAGCCUAGUGAAGGGCGGUGUAGACUUGGUUCUCCUCUCUCUUUCUACCUCCACUCACCCCACACCUCCCUUCUACGCUCUUCCCCGACUUUUGACUGGCCCUAUUCCCAGCCUGCUUAUGACAGAACCUGUGAGAAGUCACGUGGGAAGGGUUUGAACCUGCUUGUAGAUAUUGUACCUCUUUUCAAAUUUCAAUAAUGUCUCUUGUCGCUGAUGUCCACAUGUGCUGCCCUUGUGUAUAUCCAGAAAGACGGACUUUCUUUUGGUUUUGUUACUUUUCAUUUUCCUCCUUUACGUUCGUACGGGCUGAGCAGUGAAGUCAGAGCAAGGAGGACACUUGCUUAUGAGAGGAAGCCCCACAUUGUACUUAUUGUUUGAUUUGUUGUAUCUAUAUUAAUGAGAUGAAACCCCUCUUGUAGAAUAUUUUGUAUUGCUCGCAUUGUAAGACAGUGAGAGGACAGAGGUGCAAUAUGAAGAGAAUUCAGCUACUGAAUGGAACCUCAGCAACUGCCCAUAGGGUGUCAUAUAAUAUAGAUACAUAUAAAUAUAUUUAAAGUAACAUCGGUAACUUAAUGUGAAUGUACAUAGUAUUUAAAGAGGUCCAAAAAUGUGUUUGCCAAAUAACAGAAACCUUUAAAGUUUAAUGUCCAGAAUAUGAUUUUCUCACAGUACCUUUAUUUUCUAAAAAGAUUCUUUCUCACAUACAAUUUUAACACUUUCAAUUUUCCCUAAAAUCAAAGUGUCCCUGAGUGGAGGAGACUGUUGGCAACAGGGUUGUCAUAAUGCAUGUAGCUGAAAAAGGAAUGAAAACAGAUGGAAGGGUGAAUAAUACAAGACUUCCAGAACAUAUUUUUUAUUAUUUUAUUAGACCUUAGUUUGCAAUAUUUGACAAAUCCAAAUCAUACUGCACCACAUUUUUUUAUUUAACAAAUAAUACAAUUUGCUUUACUUUAAUCUGAUUAUUUUAUGCGAUGGAAAAAUAAUCUGUGCUUCCUUCACCCAAGGUCAGUUUUCAUCCUGCAGGAGGGGCCUCAACAGUGUAUUGAUAAACAAAAACCCAACUAUAUUUUAUAGUUAAAGAAGAGACGGAAGAAGUGGUGGUUCAGUUUUUUAAAUUUUGAUCAUUCAAACAAUCAGGAAUUGUGAUACUUAUACAUUCUAUAAUGUCAAGUGUUCAGUUCCUGCCACUGAGCCUCUAUUUCUUUUAGUCCUCCUCAUCAUAUCGUGUGUGUGUGUGUGUGUGUGUGUGUGUGUGUGUGUGUGUGUGUGUGUGUGUGUGUGUGUGUGUGUGUGUGUGUGUGUGUGUGUGUGUGUGUGUGUGUGUGUGUGUGUGUGUGUUAAGGAGUAUUUGUUUCACCCAAGGUGCAGGAUAAGCCAUUACGUAAUAUGCCAGUGUUAAGCUACAGUAAACCUCUAAGCUCAUUUUGAUACCCAAUCUUUUCAAGUUCCUUUUUUUUAAAAACAGUUUAUAGUUUAUUUCAAAAGAUGCUAUUGAGGAAAAGCUGAAGAUCUGGGACUGGUCUGUAUUUAUAAUCCAAGCGCCCCUUUAGGUUUUUUUGUUCUACUUGUUGCCAGAUAUUUCCAUAUGCUCCAGGAAUGUGAUCACCUCUGUUAAACACAAGUAUGUGAAGCCCCAGACCUUUACUUACAGUAAAACAACAAACAAAUUUAAGAUUGAUCAUUGUCAACUUCCCAAACUUGGCCUCAAUCACAGUUGGACCACAACCCUGGAUAAAAUAUGUUUUGCAGUGACUGGCAUAGGAAAAUUGUUCAUCAACAUCUCUACUAAGUUAAUCAUUUUAUUAGACUAUGUGAGACACAUCAUUUAGACAGGAUAAGUUGUAAGGUACCCCUGCAUCGUUGUGAAGCAUUUAUGUAUGCGUGUUAUAAUUACUUUGAUAUGGUGUUGGCCUCAGCCUUCUUGUGUAAUUUUCUCCUUAUUCCCAAUUGUCUAUUUCCUCCACUUCCAACCUGCACCCUCUUCUUAACGCCCUUUCACACUAGCUACCUCCUGUGACCAUACAGCUAACCACCAGGAGAGGUUGACCUGGACUUUGAAAAAGCUGGGCUGAGAGCAGACAUGGAGACGCACAUUCAAAGCAAUCAUAUAUAUCUGUCUAAAAAUUAUAAAAACAAAAAGAUGUUGAAAGGAAUUGCCAUUAUUCAUGAUGUGCAGAAAUAUUGAAUCCCACCAGACCUCACCUGCCUGUUCGAUCACCUUCCACCAACUGCACUGCUGGGAUUUAGUAAUAGGUACACAUACUGUCAAACAUGCAUAUUACCAAACUGAACACAGACUCAACCAUUGACAUGCCAUUUGUUGUCCAAAACCAAUAAAAGCACAGACCAAAGUACUCUAUUGCCAUAAUAGGCUUUGACACAGUGUGUAUUGACAGAACAUAAAUAAUAAGGUUAGAGCUCCACUACACCAGGUAACCAAAGUGUCUGAAAUACACACAAUCAGGGCACAGGAGUGAAGAGCAUGCUUAAUGAACCGGCUGACUUACAAAUGUGUAGAGUUAUUUUUCAAGCAAUCAAAGCGCUUGUUGUCUACAUAUUGACUAGUGCUUCUAUAAAAAAAGAAUAGAAACGUUCUCCUUAAGAAAAGCCUACUGAUUGCGUGUUUUUACAGUUACAAAGCCUUGCAGAGAUAAAAUGAAUGCAUGUUGGGUGUGUGGUUAUGUGUGACUGGUGGAGUGUGUGUGUUUUUGUAAAAAAAAAAAAGAAAUACCGUUUUCUUCUUGUCUCUGUACAAACUACUUGAAACCUUCAGAGCUUUAAUGAAACAUCCCAGACAGACUAUGAUGGCAUAACGAAUCAUGAUAUGUAGCAACAGCUUUGUGCAGUAUUAUACUGUGUUUGCGUACCAUAUCCGCAUCAAACAACAUUUAAUGGCAGUUCCAUUCAACUCCUAAAUGCUUUUGGUUGUGCGUCCUUGUCUGCGAGUAAGCCCUCAGAAAAAACAAAACCAAACAUAGUAACCACUUAUAAAUGACCAAAAUAAAACCAAAAGAUACAACUUUCUUUUUAGAUUUCAUGUUGGUUAAGGGUUUUGUGUUAUUGUCCCAGCAUUAGAAUUUCAACACGGUCGAUUGUGUGGGUGUCCUUCACUGAGAUCCUCCCUCCUGAUUUCAUUAAAAAGGAAGCAAAAGAUCAAUGUUCUGUUCAGCUGGGUGCUAGCUUCAUUAAUUUAAGAAACAAAUGAGAUUUGUGUCAUAUACUUUUCUCUGUAAAGAUAAUACAGAUGGCAAAUGCAUAAGGGCUCUGCUGUUGUGAAUAUUAUCCAAGGGUCUCCGAACACUUUACACCACCCACUUUUCUGUUUGUUCUACUAUGUACAUGAUAGGGGCAAAUCGCAUGUUAAGAAAGAAAGAAUGGCAGGUUGGCAUAUUUAUCUACUUACCCCAACCAGUUACUCUACCAAUGAAGUUUCAAUGCUCAUCUGAUGUGAUGGUGACGCGUCCUUCCUGUGAAACAGGCACUGAUGAAUAGCUACAGUAGAAAGCUAAAGUGGCAAACAGUGGGUACAGCACUUGUUUUCCCUAAAGCUAUGGCUCAGGAUGGCCCUGUUUAUACCUUUACAUAAAUUGAAAAAAGGUUUGUUUUUUUAUGUGUAGGGAGGCAUUCUAUACUGUAUUGUGCAAUACAUUAUUACAGAAAAAAACAUGUUUCUGUAGGAGGGGUUGGCGCCUUGAAGAUCUUUCUCCUUUUGUUUUAUUUCCCUCUUCAAAAAGGUCCUGUUACCGUUUUUAGAUGAAGUUAUCUGUGACAGAAGAAUUAAAUUCUGAUUUGUAUUUAUUUCUUGCAUGCUUUCCUCCCUGUUGCUAAUACCGCUCUUUAACUGUUCGCUCUGUUGGAUGUGUGAAGCUGUAAAACAUUCUAAUUCAGGUUAUUGUCUGUGUUGAACAAUGUAACUGUGUAAUUAAAACAUGAAAUGAAGUAUU